GUUCACUGUUAGCUUUUUCUUUUCUCUUUUUGUUUUCUUUUUACCGUUUUGCUCCCGCGGACCAGCGACGAGACGCGCGCGCGUGGUCGCAGGCUCGCUCUCACUCGCGUGUGUUAAGUUUCUGUGAUACUUGUGCGUCGAUUGUUUCGUCGCGCAUUUGGUGGUUCUCUCGCGACCUUGCUGUGUUAUAUAGUGUGUGGCUCACAGCAUCGCGAGUGAGAUCGACGUGUGUGGUAGUGAGAGAGCGAGAGGAAGUUGUCGGUGCGCCCCGCGAAAGGGAGAAGAGAGAAAGAAGAGCCCGUCCUCUCGUGUACGCGUGACUCUCAAUUCAUUACCACGGAUCUUCCUCGGCAAUUCGACGCCGCGCCCACCCUCGAUGAGAGGAGGCACAUGUCCAUUGCUGCCGCUGAAAAUGCAGGAAACCAAGGACAACAUUGGAGAGAUGGUUGAAAAAUGGCAACACAGAAAAAGGCCCUAUGGAAAAACAUUGUUUAUUAAAGAGAAAAAACGAAGAUAGGCCUGGCCCGUGUGAACUGCAAGACCCGCAGUUGUGGGUCAAAAUGAGUGCGAUUACUGGCAGCAUUACGAAGAAAAGAAAGAAAUCCGAUGCGAAGCCUCAGUCGCAAAUUAACAAGUGCCUUAAUGAAAAAAGACGACGGACCCAAGAGAACUUGUAUAUCGAUGAGCUUGCCGAGCUGAUUUCCUCCACGGACAUGAGCUCUGGCAAGACUGACAAAUGUCAGAUCCUUCAGAGAACCGUCGAUCAGAUUCGGCACUUUAGGCAACAAGAGGGCUCCAAUAGUCAUGCCGUGCAACAGGGAGAAGUGUCUUCGUCGAAUCCCAACAUAUUGUCCAACGAUCAAGUUGUCACUAUUUUGCUCGAGACAGUAGACGGCUUUCUAUUCGUUGUAAAUUCGGAGGGCCGCGUGGAGUACGUUACGGAUAAUAUAACGCAGUACAUAAAUUACACGAAGGACGAUGUCCUCGGGAAGGAUAUUUACAAUAUUAUUCACCAUGGAGACCAUAACACCUUUAUGCGCAACGUGUUACCUAUGUCUUUAAGCUGGACGAACGAUCUGCAGCCUCAGACCAGGAACCGUACUUUUAGUUGCCGCUUUUUGGUGAAGCCUCCGGAUGACAAGGACGAGACUAUGGAAGAGAAGCAACAGCGUGUAUCGAAAUACGAGUCUAUGCAAGUCUGUUCUGCUGUUCUACCGAGUAGCGCCGAUCGUCUGGAGAGUGGUGAUGUGUCCUCCGAAUCGCCAGACAUUGGUCUUUGCGUGAUGUGCGUAGCGCGUAGAAUAUCGCCAAACGAGAAGCCGAUUGGUACAUCCAUCGAACAGUUCACCUUCAAAUUAGAUACCACGUGGAAGAUUGUCACGGUCGACACCAGUUGGUUAUCUCACGUUUACUCCAAGUACCUAACUAAGAACAACCUGGUAGGCACGUCGAUCAAGGACUUGUGCCACCCUCAUGAUCUCACUACGCUCACGAAGCACUUGAGCGAAACGUUCAAACUCGGGGAAAGUACGAGCGAUCUGUACCGAAUGCGCGUUAGUUCUGAUAAGUUCCUUAAUAUUCAAACAAAGUCAAAAUUUUUCAAAGGGAAAGUGAUGAAUGCGCACGAUAGCGACUACGUGAUGGCUAUCAAUUCCAUCAUCGGGGAGAAUGACCAUUAUAGGGAUAACUUAAUGCCUAUCGAGGGUGGUCAGCUUUCCAACAACAAAUUGUGCUCGGGACACUCUAGCAGCCGUUGUGCGAAUAAUAGUAAUAACAAUAACGGUAACAAUAACAAUAAUGUGGGUGGACCAAUGUCCGUUGCGCAUCUGAAUGGUCAAGUGAGUGGUAUCAGUGCUCGCGGUAUGACGGUGGCCGCGGCCGCCUCGCACGUUGCUACGUCUUCGAACUCGAUUACCGUCAGCGCGGGGGAUGCCGCUGGCGGCGGUAGUGAUUCAUGCAACCCCCUAACAUCGCUAAGCACGACGGCCGGCAAUACGUUCAACCACUUUACGGGAAAUGUGGACCUGGAUUUCGAGUUCUUCCCCAGUUCUACGUGGGAGUUGGACGGCAGCGCCAGCUGGACGGAUAGACCGGAAUCGAGAGCGAGUGGACCGCCGAACUCACGACCGCCUUCGCAGCCAGCCCCAACGGCGUCACCGAGUCCACAGGGGACAACCUUCUCUAGUUCGGCAGUAGCGCCCCAUUGUAGUCCCCUACGUCCAUUCAGCCCAACUACGGUCAGUGCUGCUCACACCUUCAGCAAUUCGUUUCCCUUCAGUCCUCUUCAGGAAUCUACGCAGACAGCCACCUUGAGCAACACCGUCGUCAGUGGUGUCGGCAGCAACAACGGUGGUAGCGGCGGUAAUACCAUCACCAGUGGUAAUGCUACAACAACUGUGAAACGAACGGAGGAGACCAAUAAGAUCGGUUGUCCUAACAAUAACGGAGGGGGUGGAGGAAGUGGUGGUACAAUGGACAGUACCACGGUGAGAACCAGCAGUAGUAACAGCAGCGGAAGUACCGCCAUUACCACCGUUGAAACUCAGAACAGCAGUGUUGUGUCCACUGAAUCCGGUAGACUCAGAAAUUUGUUGACCAAGGGCCCGAGUGCUAGUGAGGACAGUCAAGACAAUACAAAUAGCGACUCAGAUAACCAGAACAAGCAUAGGAUACUGAAGAUACUGUUAAACCAACCAGAUGAAGAUGACUAUAAUUCUGAACACAAGGUACGUACGAGUCCUAGCAACAUGCCGAAGCCCAGCAGCAUGGAACAUCCGAAACCAGUCGCAAACAACAUGCUCUUGCAGUUAUUGAACGAAAAAAAUGACGAUGAAGACGAAGGUGAGAAAAGAAACGAGCUUUUGCAACAUCUCAUGAAAGAUCAAGAUGGAGAGAGGAGACCCUUUUUUGAAGAGAGAAAAUUACAGGAGCAACAGCAAAAUCGAGAGGAUUCUCGCGGGAGGGAGGAUCCCUUGUUGCUGAGUCUUGGAUUCCGAAACACGACACCAUCUCCGUCACAGUCGGGCGAUCACCUCGGUCUUGGCAGUACGACUCAGGUCGGCCAAAAGAGACCGGGAGCAGAGGAUAGUGAUAUAAACGUAACUGUGAAACGGCCGAUGGAUGGCUCGCAUCAAGUAACUUCCUCUGGCACGAGUUCGUCGAUCAACUCGAAUAGCAAGCUGUGGGAAAAAAAUAAGAUGUUGGCGUCCCUGUUAGCGAUAAAACCGCCGGAGCCAACCAACGUCCCACCGAUUCCUGCAUCUGUGAUAUCGGCAACGCCACAGGACAAACUGCCUCGCUUGAAACAACAACAGCAACAGCAGCAGCAGCAACAACAGCAGCAGCAGCAGCAGCAACAGCAGCAGCAACCACAGCAGCAGCCAUGGACAGGUGGCAGUAUGCAAGCAGUUGGUGGUAAUAAUGCGAUAACGACGACCGCGACGUCGGCGCGUACUCCUCUCCAAAGCCAGUCGAGACAACUACCUCGUCAACCAACCAAUACCUACCUCAGUCAUAUACUAAGUCAGCAACAAAGGCCCCAAAUGGGAUCAAUCGAGUCCGAGUUUGCGGGUAGUGGAGAAUACCGUCAGAACAGCACCGAUCCAACAAGCUGGGGGGACAAUCAGUCGUCGGAUCCAGAUUUGUCAGAAAUUUUAGAUCAAGUUAUAGACACCUUACCGGAAGAUGCUAUCACAGGUUCAUCUGGGAUAUCAAAUCUCUUAGAUACAGGAGAAACACCGCCAAACAAUGCCAUGAACGAAAGAAUGGCAAUUACCGCUAUCCAAAAUGCGCUGAUGUCCUACGAGAGUACUGUUAAUCCGACGUCUUCCACCAUAACUAUGCCUGGCACACCUCCAGCCUAUUCUACCGCAUUGGGAACCGCACCCGCGACGACAAGUCACAAUUACCAACCACCGCCGAUGUAUCAGCAACAACAGAGGAUAAGGUUUAGUAAUACUCAGCCGGGUGUUAGACAGACCACCCAAUUUACGCAGCAACAAUUGCAAAUCCAACGAUCGAAACUUAUACAGCAACAACAGCAGCAGCAGCAGCAACAGCAACAGCAGUUGAAGCAGAGGCUGCUGCAACAGCAGCAACAACAACAGCUGCUUAUUCCUUCCAACGCCACUGCUACGGACCAAAUUACCACAGGAAUUCACAAUAUUGAUAAUCUUCUCAACAACACUGUUGCGCCGCCGAAUGUGUCGUUGCAGCGAUCGAGUGUCCCAGAUUCACAAGUUUCUCCAGGUUAUGGGGGAUCCGUCCAAAUGUCUUCUGGUCAUCGACUCGCUCACUCUUAUUCCCAUCCAUCGACAAUGCAACAGCAUUCUAUUGUGAACAAUUUCAACAAUGGACAACAAGUCUCUGCUGCGGCGAGACUUUCGCCACAUUCUCCGGCUAGCUUACUAUCGUUCUCUCAUCCACAACAUUCACAACCGUUAUCGCCACGGGUGAAUCAAGUGAGUGGCAAUUAUGGCACUUCGCCGAGAUUAUUAGUGAGGCCGCAGCAACAACCCACGGCGCAGCAACAACAGCAACAACGAUCGAUGCCCUCGCCAGGGACACCAGCAUCCGCGCGGCAGUCACCUUUUCCUGCUGAAGCGUUUCCUCCGCCUACGUCUCCGACGACCAGCCAGUUUCCACCAGUUCCCAAUACCGGUGCUCCGAACCCUUCGGCACAAUAUCGGUUGCAACGGACCACGUCCACACCUUCUGCGACAACUCAGUUGCCAGACAAAAUUAAUGUUGCAGGUGGCGUUGGUUCGCCCCGGCACUACGGAGGCGUGAGUAAGGAACAACCAAUUCUUUCACCUAGUCAUUCACACACGGCUUGCCCGGCAACACCUACUCAACAACAUCAACACAACGCCACGAACACUCAACACUUCACCAAUCAACAACAUACCUCUAUGCUAUACCACACCAAUGUCAAUAAUAUCAACACGGCAGACAUGCAGAACAGUCAGUUCUGUUACGAUCGACCAUCAAUCCCGCACUAUUCGUCUGGAGAGGCUCAGGAUGCCAGGUCACUGCCUCCCAGUAAUACCGUCAAUCACCAAAUGGGUGGUAACGCCAGCACCUCGGAAUUUGUGAGGCAAGAAUUGCGGGCGAUUGUUGGCGCGCGAACGCAGCAACAGCAGCAGCAGCAAAGAGUGCCCAACAACCUGCAGAAUAAUCUUUCCGGUCAGGUAUCCCAGGACGACCUUGAAGCACUUGGAUUAACGCUUCAUAUGUCUUCUGCAGGUGAGGCUGUGGUUAGCGAUGGCCCCGCAAAGAGCUGGGCCAUUGGGAGCGCCGGAAGUGCCCCCUCGUCCUCCAGGACUACUAUGGAGGAGGUGGCUCGAGGUGAUCCGAAGUCGUCGUUGCUGCAGAAACUACUGUCCGAGUGACUGCAGGCCACCACAAUCCCGUUACUCAGUAAAGGAUUAUAUG